AUGUGGUAUCGUUUUCUACUAGUUAUUAUCAUUUUUGUCACGGCCGCUGGAAAUCUUCUAGUUUGUUUAGCCAUAGCCCGUGAACGAAAAUUACAGAAUACAACAAAUUAUUUUCUCAUGUCAUUAGCGAUUGCAGAUUGCCUUGUUGCCAUUCUAGUCAUGCCUACAGGGAUGAUUUCCGAAGUGAUUGGUCAUUUCCCAUUACCACAUUAUGCAUGUGUUAUAUUUGCUACUAUGGAUGUAUUAUGUUGUACAUCAUCUAUAUGGCAUAUGAGUACGAUGUCCAUGGAUCGAUAUUUUACAAUUCGUUUCCCAUUUCGUUAUGGACGAAAUAAAACUCGUCGCGUCAUGUUUUUGAAAAUAAUUGUCGUUUGGGCUGUGAGUGUAGCUGUAUCAUCACCUGUAUUUAUAUUAGGAAUUAUUAAUAAGAAAAAUGUUUUAUCAGAUGGUGUAUGCGCGCCAAAUAAUUCAUCAUUUAAAAUUUAUGGUUCAAUUUUUGCAUUUUACAUUCCAUUUAUAAUAAUGAUAACAACAUAUGCAUUAACAAUGCGAUCAUUAAGAAAUGUAUUAGUUAGUAAAGAGAAAUAUGAUCGUGAGAGACGACAAAAACAAACGUUUCGACCAUUAGCACCGGUUGUAAAUCAAUAUGUUGAAAUAGCUGAAAGUCUUCGACGUGCAUCAUUAACUAAUAACCAAACUAUACCCAAAGCAGUCAUAAUAACAGCAACGACGAAUAAAAAUAAAAAUAAAAAUUCGAUUUUAAAUAAAGCACUAAAUGCAAUAAAAAGAACAGCGUCACCAUCAGAUUCACGUACAUCAUUAUUUUCUCCAAAUAAUACAAAUGUAAAUUUACAUCAAGAUAAUAAUUCAAAGGAUGUUAUUAAUGAAACAACUUUUAAUCAUGAACUUGUGCAUCAUAAUUCACAACGUUUAACCACUAGUUGUUCAAUAUUAAAUGGAAGUAAAACUCGAUCUUAUCAACAACAACCAUUCUCAAUAAAUACAACAGUUCAUAGAAAAGACAAUGAUAUAGAUAUGAGUACUCUGUAUGAGGCAAUCGAAUAUUCUAAAUCAACAUCAAGUUCAAAUGACGGAUCAGUUAUUAUAAAUAAUAAUAAUAAUCUUGCUCGAAUGCCAACUGUUAAGAAUAAACAUCAAGUACUGGCAAUAGGAGAUAGAAUCAAACAAACAGAAAUCUCGGAUCGACGAACAUCAACUAUUAAUGAUAUAUCUCUAUUUGAAGAAGAAGAACUGACUCCAAUGAUAGAUACUUCUAGGAAAAUUGACAUACACGAAUGUGGCCACAUGCAAUUAACUUUAUCAUCAUUCCAAAAUUUUGCUCUGUCUCAUUCGAAGGAGCCAAUAUUUUUGAGAAUUCCAUGGAUAUAUUGUUUUAAAAUAAUUCAAUCUAUUCUUCAAUAUUAUAUAUUCUAUUUUCAUUGUCGAUUAAAUCCUUUAUCUAUUGAAUAUUCAUCAAAUAUAAAUGAGAAGUCAUUUAAAGUACACCAAUCAACGUCAAUCUCAUCAAUUGAUUUAACACUCUUAAAAUUGCAACGAUCAGUUUCAACACAAACAACUACUUUGUCGGCAUUAGGCUAUCGAAAUGUCCAUUCCAAUAAUGUUGAUGAACAUUGUGUGCAUAAUUCACCUAAAAGACGAAAAUUUCAAUUUAAUAAGCCCGCCGCAUCAUCGUCAUCUUUCCGAACAAAUUCAUUUCGUCAUUUGUCAACAGCACCAACACGUUCAAUUGAUAGUUCAUCAAAAUCUUCAUCUUCGUCGGACCAACGUUCAUCUGCAAUAUCAUCAUCACAUUUGAUACGACAAUCAUAUUUAUCUAAUUGUUUUUCUCGAAAAGAAUCUGAACAAGAACCGUCUUCAGUAAUUGAACAUGGUUCACGUACAUCAACAUCAUCAUCUAGCCUUUUACAUACAACAUGCCGUUAUGACAGCCAUACAUUUAAACAUUACCAUAAACCAGUACGACGUCAACAAGAUCGAUAUCGGUCAGCACAUAUUAUCCCAAAUUCAUGUAAAACACGACAACCACAUCAAACAGUAAGCUCAAUAACAAAUACAAAUUCAUCUGAUUCUUCAAGCAUGAUGCUUCAUCUUCCUACGAGAUUACGUUUAGCGGCUUUUCACCAACAACGUGCGCGUGAUGAAGACUAUGUUGCAGCUAAUGAACGAAAAGCUCUAAGAGUUUUAAUGAUUAUAUUUGGCGUAUUUAUUACAUUGUGGACGCCAUUUUUUAUUUGUACAUUUAUAUCGGCUAUAUGUGAACAGUGCCGUGAGCGUUUAUCAUCAACUGUUUGGUUUUCAAUAACAUGGCUUGGUUAUAGCUCGUCCAUGGCUAAUCCAUUCAUAUAUACAAUAUUCAGUGAUGUAUUUCGACGUGCAUUUACCAAUGUUAUUUUGUGUCGAUCAACUGAAUCAUCGGCUUCAGCACAGAUUUCAACGAAAUUAUCUUCACCAAAAGAUAAUGUUCAUCGAUUUACAAGUCAGAACGUGUCAUGUAGACGAAGCCCAAAUCCUGAUAUGUCUGAUGCAUCAACACCAAUAAUGCUGCAUCGUCCAAGAUCAGUUGGCGGAAGUGAUGCAAAAAUUUAUAUUAACCGAUAUACAUCAGAUACAAUUCAAUAA